UGGAGAAUGCACGUAAAGGAAACGUGAAAUUUGUAGCAAACUGUGGUGAGUGUUUGAGAUGGCUGACAUUUCCAUAAUUUAUACUGAAAACUAUUUAUACAACACACUUCUUCUGUGAAUAUAUGAUAUAAAAAAGUGACUGGAUUAAAAUAGAUUUCGGUAAUCAGUAAAAUGUAUGAUAGUGUUAAAUUCGCUUUUAUAUCAGGAAUAUUCGCCGCAACUGGCAGUGCGUUUGGAAAGUUAUCUGGGUUGUCUAUAUGGGAGGGGUAUUUUUUAUUACGAAUAAGCUUCUUUGCACUGAUGUUGAUAACUAAUACCACUUCACUGACAUUUUUUGUGAAAGCUUUGCAGCAGACUGCUUCAAUUAAUGCUACUCUCAUCACAUCAGCUACAAAUUACAUUGUAACGGCACUAGUUGGUUUUAUAUUAUUCAAUGAAACUACAUCUUUAUAUUGGUGGUCUGGAAUAUCCUUGAUUUUAAUCGGAUUGGUGCUAAUAGUAUCCAAUACAACUGAACAAAGAACAACAAGAAAUGAAGAAAAAAAAGAUAUAUAGCUUGGAAUUUUAUUAAUAUGAUGUAAAUAAAUUUGAAAAUUAAAACCAGAAA